AUGGCCAACGAAGUCCCCAAUUUCGCAUGGGAGGAACUUGCUUCCCACUUUGUCUACGUACAUGCCAAUCCUGAAGCCAAAGGCGUCACAGACCUGUUCCUACGCUGCAAGCCUACACAAGGAGAGGAUAUCACAACUUUCAUAAGCGCGUUAGCGCGAGAAAUUGAACAACAUUCGGCCCGCGAACGCGGAAAAUACCUGGAAACAUAUACAGCGCCUGCAUUAGAAGACGUUCUCAUCGACGACGAGACCAUCAAGGAAAUCAGUCCGUUUUUCAGCCAGUUGCACGAGGAAUUAAGAACGCCCCGAUGGAAGUGGGAUGAGGUCCCCAUAAACAACCCUUACUGCCGGCAUCCACAGGAAGCUCAAUGUAGCUGUCUGAUCCCGUAUGACGAGCGGCAGGCGCGUGCGCUUCUGCGGCGGCGAGUGGGCGAGAUUACGAGUUGUGAUUUUUUUGGACCCAACGCCGCCGGGCUUAGGAGCUGGGAACUCUUGAGGACGCUCGCGAUUCACGGCAAGAUGGAGCCCAUCUUUAAAUUGUGCGCGCACCCAGAUAAUGGCUUCAAAGUCUGGUGGGACUUGAGUACUUGCCUAUGCGAAGGCGGUAAUGGUGCUUCGUUUCACGUGUACCAAAAGGCUGCAAUUUCCUUCAUUUGCCUCAAUAUUCUCCGCCAGUUCCCGGAAACAUGGGAUUCUACAAAGGGGAGAAACGAACAGAACGACUAUCGGUUGACGAGAAUGUAUCAACACGUUGUAAGGCACACAACAAAGACGAGUACCGCAUCCGCAACGCCGUGUCUCGCCCACUGCUACUUCUACGGCAUUGACAACUUGCAAUUCUCCAUAAAUACUAGACCACGAGAGCCGGAACGCUGGCCCCAACUUGUUAAAAAGGAUUACAUGGGAAACGAUUACAUGUCCGAAGACGACUAUCCCGAAGGCCUCAUCAGCUAUGAAGAUUUCAUCAAUUUCGAGAAAGCAGCAGAAUAUCAACCGCAUAUCAACGAUGUGAAGCCUGUUGAAGAGAUCUUAACAGGCAAGGGGCUGCCUUCUGAACUUGUUGCAGAGGUUGUGGACUUGGCCGAAUACACGCCCAGACGCAGGCUAAAGGUUGAGCAUAAUCCAUUUCAUCCCGAUAACAAAGACGAUUUGGAGAGCUAUCUAGCCGAGUGUUGGGCCGUAAUGAUACAGUACGAUAUGCUCUCCAAAGAGAUCGACGAGAACAUCGAUUGGGUUAGUCAGCUGAGGGGAUGCUUUCAGGAACUCCUCCCCAGUCUUCGCAUCAUGUGGGUUCCGGAGACGGUUCGAUCGGAUAACGAACCAGUUCAAAACGUAUAUGUAAUCGUUUAA